AUGACUCAAGCCUGCGGCGUGCCUGCUGGGGGUGGCGGGGUACUACCCGGGGCCUGCUGGGGGUGGCGGGGUACUACCCGGGGCCUGCUGGGGGUGCCGGGGUACUACCCGGGGCCUGCUGGGGGUGCCGGGGUACUACCCGGGGCCUGCUGGGGGUGCCUGCUGGGGGUGCCGGGGUACUACCCGGGGCCUGCUGGGGGUGGCGGGGUACUACCCGGGGCCUGCUGGGGGUGCCUGCUGGGGGUGGCGGGGUACUACCCGGGGCCUGCUGGGGGUGGCGGGGUACUACCCGGGGCCUGCUGGGGGUGCCGGGGUACUACCCGGGGCCUGCUGGGGGUGGCGGGGUACUACCCGGGGCCUGCUGGGGGUGGCGGGGUACUACCCGGGGCCUGCUGGGGGUGCCGGGGUACUACCCGGGGCCUGCUGGGGGUGCCUGCUGGGGGUGCCGGGGUACUACCCGGGGCCUGCUGGGGGUGCCUGCUGGGGGUGCCGGGGUACUACCCGGGGCCUGCUGGGGGUGGCGGGGUACUACCCGGGGCCUGCUGGGGGUGCCUGCUGGGGGUGGCGGGGUACUACCCGGGGCCUGCUGGGGGUGGCGGGGUACUACCCGGGGCCUGCUGGGGGUGCCGGGGUACUACCCGGGGCCUGCUGGGGGUGGCGGGGUACUACCCGGGGCCUGCUGGGGGUGGCGGGGUACUACCCGGGGCCUGCUGGGGGUGCCGGGGUACUACCCGGGGCCUGCUGGGGGUGCCUGCUGGGGGUGCCGGGGUACUACCCGGGGCCUGCUGGGGGUGCCUGCUGGGGGUGCCUGCUGGGGGUGCCUGCGGCGUGCCUGCUGGGGGUGGCGGGGUACUACCCGGGGCGCUGACUUUUGUAUACAAAUAA